AUGAGUUAUAGAUUUUCUGUUCCCGUGCUGAAUCAAUGUCCUGGAGGCGGUUCUCCUCAGACCUCACCACUAGGCCUGAGAUUGGUCAUCAUCUCUUUUUCCGAGGUUCAGCGGACAUCCUACUUCCGAAGUAGAGCGGGGAGGUCUAUUUGCAAGCCGACCUCAGGAGCCUUCCUGACGAAUUCGGCAAACUGGGGUGCUUGA